AUGUUCCUGUGUAAAUUUCUACUUAUCUCCAUAUUGUUUUGCUUUGCGCAAGCAUAUCCAGCAAAUACUGAGCUAAAGCGCCGUCCAUUGUCAUCGAAAUCGGAUGAUUCAAAUGAGACCAGUGUUGAUAACGAAAAACUAUCGGAAAUUUUCAAUAUACCCGACAUUGCCACAAACGAACCGACCAACAUAACAAAUUGUGAUAAUAUUAUUUGCAUUGCCUAUUCAUUGUGCAUCAAUGAUAAAGUCGUGAACAAUGGUACGGAAUUAAUUGAUUGGCGACUAUCGUCCCGAAUUUCACCGAAAAAAUUCCUUCCAGGUGAAUUUGUGGAGUGUGAUGAUAUGGAGGUGCCAUGUUGUGCGGAUGAAGCGAUAAAAGAUUUGCAUCAACCACCUCCAGACAAAAAUGGGCCGAACGAUCAAACCGAAUAUGAUGAUGACGAUGAUGACGUCGACGAUGAUGAUGAUGACGACAAUAAAUUUAUGACAAUCCAAAAAUGUGGUUAUGGCCAAUUCAUAUCCAGUCGAAUAAUCAGCGGUGACGACAUGCGACCGAAUGAAUUCCCGUGGAUGGUUGGAAUAUUCUUCCGAUUGCCAUCGGGUAAACUACGUUACCUGGGUGGUGGUUCAUUGAUACAUGAGUCUGUGAUUUUAACGGCGGCUCAUUUGCUACUGAAAUUUAAACCCGAACAAUUGGUAAUUCGUGCCGGUGAACACGACAUUUUGAAACCAGAAUCGGAUGGAAAACGUCAAGAACGAAACGUAACGAAUAUCAUCAAUCACGAAGAUUUGUACGCCGAUUCGUUGAUCAAUGACAUUGCAUUGAUCGUAGUGGACAAACCAUUUGAAAUGACCGAUGCUGUGAAUACCAUUUGUUUACCACCACAAAGCAUUCAAACUAAUGAAGGUACGAUCUGCACAUCGGGCGGUUGGGGCAAAAAUGCGACCAAUCGUAAUGGAAAAUAUCAAGCAACGUCGAAGAAAAUUGAACUACCUAUCGUGGAGCAAGGAAAUUGCGAGGCGAUCUUAAGAAAAACACGAUUGGGACCGUUUUAUAAUUUGCAUAAUAGCUUGAUGUGCGCAGGCGGCGGUAGACGUGAUACAUGUAAAGGAGACGGUGGAUUGCCAUUAUUUUGCGAAAUUCCACAUGACAUCGGACGAUUUUAUCAAACAGGCAUCGUUGCCGGCGGAAUUGGAUGUGGGAAAGAGAUACCGGGAAUGUACGUUAAUGUUGCCUACUUUAGUGAUUGGAUCAAACAAAAACUUCGAUUUAUUAAUAUGAGAAUAAGACCGGAAAAUAUUUUGCAAUAUGAAUUGUUUGAUUGA